GGACGGACGGGAAGCCAGCCAAUCAGAAUCGCCGGCGUUUUCGAUUUUUUCCCCUUCUCUUCUGCAAUUGGCUCGAAGCGCCUCUAGAGACACCCACCCACGUGCAGCGAUUGGACAGUUUUCCCGGCUCUAUGGAAGUCAUUUGAAUACGCCUCGCUCUGAAGCUCAUAGUGAUUACAGCGCUGCUGGUUCAAAUUGGCUGAACUAUCAGGAGCAGAGACACAAUGGAGGAGGGAAGGGCUCAGACGAAGUGCUGAAAGACUUAACUGUAUCAUUUACACCGUGCACUUCUUCCCGAGUUGGAGACUACUGUUCCUUUGGAAUUUCUUUUCUUUUUCAACUCUUUCUGCGAGCUUGCAUUCGGACACUGAGCUGCAUCAUAUACGAGGUCAUCAUGCCACCCACCACUCCGUACGCUGGAAAGUUCAGCUCCUGUGUUCCCUACAGCAACAACAACAACACUCACCCUCCGCCUCACAGCCCGUACCGCAACGGCACUGCCCCGAAACCAGCAAAGGAAAACAUUUACAAUGGCGCCUACUCUUCAUCAGAAAACCCCUACGACAUCCCGCAGCCUCACGGCUCCUACCGCAGCUCCUCUGUCUCAUCUAUGACUGCGAGGGAGCAUCAUUACAAAAGCAGCUGUGUGGUGUCGGAGAACCCUUACACCUCGCCGCAGCAUCACAGCCCACGUCAGCACAGCACUUCCUGUCCUGGACGUGCGUACCGUCACACCAGCAGCAGCAGCGGCAGUGAGCAGUCUUGUCGUAAUAACUCCAUUACAGGGAAAGGGCGACAUUUUGGACAUGGCGUCACUGCUAGCUAUGGGGAGAUGUGUUACCAUGAUAACAGUUUGGUUUCAGCAUCCCUUGAGGCGCUGAUCCAGCACCUGGUCCCAACGGUCGACUACUACCCUGAUAGGUCAUAUGUGUUCACCUUCCUGCUGAGUUCACGCCUUUUCCUGCACCCGUACGAGCUCAUGACGAGGGUUUGUCACCUGUGUGUGGAGCAGCAGCGGUCCGGAGACACCCUGCUGGAUAAGAUCCGUUUCCGGGAGGUUGCGCCAAAGCUGGUGCAGCUGCUGACCGAGUGGACGGAGACGUUUCCUUACGACUUCAGAGAUGAGAGGAUGAUGCGCUGCCUCAAGGAUAUGACGCAGCAUGUGGCCCGAGGAGAUGAGUACUCCUGGCGAGCCAUGCAGCAGAUGACCCAGCGGCUGAUCAAACGCCUCUCUGCCCUGGGCCAGUACGAGGAGGCCAUAAGUGCACUAAACGCUGCAGCGAUGGAGCGUCCCGCUUCUCUGAAAAGCAAACAGGCCUCAGGACAGCGCACUGAUGUAAUGAGUGUGUGUGAUGAUCCCUUUAUCUUGGCGCAGCAGCUCACACACAUUGAACUGGACAGACUGAGUUUUAUUGGUCCUGAGGAGUUCAUCCAGACAUUUGCUUUGAAGGAUCCUCUGGAGAACCAAAAGGGUUUCUUCCGGAAGCGUAAAACCAGCAACCUGGAGGCCUACGUCAACUGGUUCAACAGACUGAGUUACCUGGUGGCCACUGAGAUCUGCAUGCCGGUGAAGAAGAAACACAGAGCGAGGAUCAUAGAGUUCUUCAUAGACGUGGCUCAAGAGUGCUUCAACAUUGGGAACUUCAAUUCUCUCAUGGCAAUCAUCACUGGCAUGAACAUGAGUCCUGUUGCCAGACUGAGGAAAACCUGGAGUAAAGUCAACACUGACAAGUUUGAAAUCCUGGAGCACCAGAUGGACCCAUCGAAUAACUUCAGCAACUACCGGACUGCACUCCGUGGCGCCACCCAGAGGUCUGAGACUGCACACAGCAGCCAAGAGAAGAUUGUGAUUCCUUUCUUCAGUCUGCUCAUUAAAGACAUCUACUUCCUUAAUGAAGGCUGUGCCAGCAGGCUGACCAAUGGACACAUCAACUUUGAGAAACUGUGGGAGCUUGCAAAGCAGGUGAGCGAGUUCCUGGUUUGGCGUCAGGUGGUGUGUCCAUUUGACCGAGACCGUCGGAUCCUCCAGUGCCUCGUCACCACGCCUGUCUUUACUGAAGACGAGCUGCAUCUGGCCUCCUAUGAGAGCGAAGGACCCGAGAAUAACAUGGAGAAAGACAGUCGGAGGUCUCUCAGAUCUUCUCUUCUGCAUCGGGAGAAUCGUUCGUGAGGACAUGAUUUCAUCUACAGACUGUAAAUAAACGAGGUGUUUAAAGCUACAGGUUUCUGCAUAGUGUCUUGUAGAACAGACUCCCAUGUACUCAAGUUUGAGAUCUGGGUCGGAUACUGAUCUCCAGGAUGGCAAACACAUCUGGACUCAUCUUCUCAUGGAUCAACAGGAGAGUGAAGUAACAUUUUUGUGCGUUGAGCUCUCUGGUCCGUAGAUCAGAUACUGAUGAGAGUCAUCCAGUGCCAGAGAUCAUUCAGUGUUGAUUCCUAAGAAGAUCUUGGACUACAUAUUGACUGCAUCAGCUGGGCUUCUUCAACAGCAGCUUUGUCCAAGGCACUUACAGGACUUCAGAUGACUGAAGGAGUAGAAAAAUAAACUAUGGAAGCAGAAGAAGAACUGAUUUUGACUCUGCAUGGGACAAAUAUGAACCCAGCUGUAGGGCUGGGCCAUGAAUCCAUAACGAUAAUUAUCGGGAUAGAAUAUUUCUCAAUACAAAUAUAACAAAUGUUCUAUCAAAAUGUGAUACAUUUAAACCUGUAGGUACACCACCUAUCUACAAACUAAAACUUCACCAAAAAUCAUCAUCUUACACUAAAGACCUGCUUCCUGUUAGCACACUCAGAGGACUAUCAGGGAACUAAAUCCAGAUACAAGCUAACAAACCUUCAACUCUCACUCAGGGGCAAAAAUCUGCCUUCAAAUUUAAAUGAAAUAAUGAUUUGACAUUCAUCAUGGUAAUUAUCGAUACUGACUGAAAAUGUUAUUGUGAUAACAUCUUUUUCAGUAUCGCCCAGCUCUACCCAGCUGAUUAUACUACAUGAGCACUGCUCCUCUGCAGGGAGUCUGAGCUCAGUCAGAAAUCUCAGAGAGGAGAGAGCAACUCAUCAAGGAAGACUUGAUAUGGAUUUGUAUUAUAAGUAUCAGGCUAACAACUGCUUUCAGAAGUGGUGCUGUCUUGUUGAGUGCAUGACUUUAAUGCAAACACCUUUGAGCAUUAGCUGCCUGACAUCCCCAUGCUUUUGCUUUGUUGCACACAGCACCAGUGUACUUCCCGGUCAUGCAAGACUUUUAUCUUAUAUAGACCCAUAAUGCAUCUCAACACAUUAGCUACAUACUUCCACACAUAAAGAUACACUGCAUCAAUCAUGUGCUCUGUGGUUCCAAACACUUUGUGAUGUGUGCACUCUGACUGCAAAAUUUUACAAUUUGCAACCUCAUGUUAAUGCAAGUUCAAUCAAAUGCACUUCAGUGGGUCCUUGUGUAUUAUAAUAUAGGAUUUGGUGACUCCUAAUUGUAAGAUGUCUUUCUACACAGUAUUAUGUUGUAUUUUGUAUCAGAAGAUAAACAGUGUGUUUGAGCUUGUUGCUGGUUGGCUGGCUCUUGUUUUAGUAAGCUAUUUUCUUAAUGCAGCACCAGAUGUAAGAAAUAAGUGUUUUUGGAUCUGAUUGAAGUACAAAUGUGUGUGUGUGUGUGUGUGCAGAUUAAACAGGAACUUUUAUCCUCUAUGGCACCACAUCUGUGAGGAUGUUGGUGCGAUUUAGUCCUCUAGAAUUUGCCUGUGAAUGAACGUGAUGCUGUUUUCAUGUUUUUAAGAAGCUCCUGGUAUGUUUCAUUUUAUAAGUGUUUUACAUGUAUGCUUUUUCAAUCUCUUCUUGUGUAUCAUUUGUGUAACCGAUCAGGGUACUUGUACUGAAGGUCUUUGUGUAAAGAGAAUUAUAUUUUUUUCCUUGUAAUAAACAGAAUAACCGAG